AUGGCGCCGCCAGCGCUGGCUUGCCUCCCUCCCUCUCAAUCUACUCCUCAUGAAGAAGAUCUCCAUAAGGGCAUAUUCUUUGAGGUAAAGAUGUUUGAAACAGCUCUUGCUGUACUUAAAAAGGAAAAGAUCAUUGUUGAUCGAGAUGACCCAGGAGCAGUUUCUUGUUAUGCCCAAGUCAUGAAGACUAUAUCAGCUCGCUGGAUUGCAGAUAUGUAUCAAGCUAUCUAUCUAGAAGUGUAUGAACACAUGCUCCUUCAUCCUGGAUUACUGCAGAAUGGUAUGAAACCAGCAAAUCUAUGA